UUUGUUCUCAGUAGUCAUUGAUAUUCAGAAAUUGUUCAGGUUGACUGAACUUCGUCUCUGUACACCACUCUGAUGAAAUCCAAGACUUUUGUUCUAAUCAUUUUGUGACGACUUGCUGACCUGUCCAGCUUCAGUGUCCGUCUCCUCGAAACGACAGGAAUCUUUUACUGACAGGAACAUAGCGUCUACUCCAGCUCGUCAUGAAGCUCAGAGCGUGCCUGCUUCUGCUUGUUGUGUUCACCCUGGUUUGGCAGUCCGAUGGGUGGUGGCGACGGCGUAGGAGGCGACGUAGCUCUACGAGGAAUUGUCCUGGCCGUCCUGCCUUGCCCAACAAUGUCACCUGGUCUGGCUGCAGCGCCCCCUACAGCCACAAGGAGAAGUGCAGGUACAGGUGUCAGCCAGGAUACACCCGAGUGUCCGGUAGCACCACCAGGACAUGUUCUAACGGAGUCUGGACAGGCUCUAGUCUCGUCUGUAUGAGAGCUCCCCGUCCAGCACCGACCUACAGAAAAUGCAUCGGCCAGACUCGCUCAAAUGUCCAGUCUAUUCCGCUGUACGGCCCACUGUCCGGCCAAAAGAGCUCUGGGCCAGUGGUCAACGGUGAUACUUCCUGUAACAACCAUCCACACUCAAGUAACUCAGCUGGAUCUGCCCCGUUCUUCCACGGCACGUCCCCCUUGUCUCGCCGCCGCCGCCGUGCCGUGAGCGAGGUGUUCCAGUGGAGCAUCGUUCACCGCGUCCUGCUCUUCCGCGGGGAGGUCUUCGAGUGGGGCGUCGGCUCCAAAAGGGAGUCGUGGGAAGGUCGGCGUUGCCCGUCUGACUGCGUCGUCUCCUGGACGAAGUCUGCGGCAGGGUACAGUACCUGCACCCGAGAACAGGCCGAGUUCUUCGCCCGAGAGUACAAGUCUCGCUAUGGGUCAUACGACUUGUUCUCCAACAACUGCCAUAUCUUCGUCAACCGCCUGAUGAGGUACCUGGACUCGGGCUGCAACAAAAUGCCUUAGGGAGUCGGGAGACUUCGGCAUUCUUUCGGCACGUUUCGGUCCGACAGUGUUUCAAGACGCUAAAGUUUGCACUUACAAUGCUAUGCCAACAAGAGUCCCUAGGACACACACCUCCGUGAAAUAACUA